GAGCCAGAAAAAGAUCACCUCCAACACAAUAUUGACCUUCCACUUCAAGUCUUCAGCUUUGGCUGUAAUCUUGUCAUACCAACCAUUACUGCACAGCGCCUCCAUCUCGAAAUGGAUGUGGCCUCCUUGCGCGGUCGCAUUGUCGACACUUUGAGCGCAGACACCGACGCUCGACGUCGCGCUGAGCUGGAUCUCAAGACAGCGGAGGAGCAUCCUGGCUUUACAGAUGCUCUCCUAGAUAUCUUGCAAGCGGAGCAAGAAGCUUCCAUUCGCAUGUCGACCGUUGUUUACCUCAAGAAUCGCGUCACUCGAGGAUGGUCCCCGAAUGAGGAGAACCAACAGAAUAAACCUAUACCCGAAGACGAGAAGCAAAGAUUUCGGGAACGACUGUUACCCGUCCUAGCUGCCUCCCAGCCUCAGAUCCGCCAGCAGCUCGUGCCGGUCCUCCAAAAGAUUCUCCAUUUUGACUUUCCCGAGAAGUGGCCCGCCUUCAUAACCAUCACCGUCCAGUUGCUAAACGCGAAUGAUGCGCCAUCUGUCUUUGCUGGCUUGCAGUGCCUGCUUGCCAUUUGUCGCGUGUUCCGCUUCAAAUCUGGAGAGAAUCGAACCGACUUCGAUAAGAUUGUAGAGUUGACCUUCCCUCGACUGUUGGUAAUUGGGCAGGGCCUGGUGAACGAGAUGAGUCAGGAUGCAGGAGAAAUGCUACACAUUGUCCUAAAGGCUUACAAGCAUGCCACCUUUUUCGAAUUAGCAACCUCUUUAAGAGAACACCAGGUGGUAGUCGGCUGGUGCUCUCUCUUCCUCCAAACAGUUGCAAAGGAGGUCCCUCCCACCGCUCUGCCUGAAGACUUGACAGACCGUGAGGCCAAUCACUGGUGGAAGGCCAAGAAAUGGGCCUACUUCAACCUGAACCGUCUGUUCGUUCGCUAUGGUAAUCCACAAUCAUUGCAGAAAGGCAACGGAGAGGACUAUACUGCCUUCGCCAAGAACUUCAUAGCCAAUUUUGCACCAGAGAUCCUCAAAGGAUACCUCUCGCAGAUUGAGAAGUGGGUGUCAAAGACAACAUGGCUCAGCAGGCCUUGUCUGUCAUAUACCCUUGUCUUCUUGGACGAAUGUGUACGACCCAAAGAAAUGUGGACUCAUCUCAAGCCACAUCUCGACUCUUUAGUAACCCAUUUCCUAUUUCCUGUGAUGUGUCUCUCCGAGGACGAUGUUGAGAAGUUCGAGACAGAUCCGGAAGAAUACCUGCAUCACAAGUUGAACUUCUAUGAGGAGGUCUCAGCACCUGACGUGGCGGCAACAAACUUUCUAGUUACUCUGACCAAGGUUCGCAGAAAGCACACCUUUACGAUUCUUACGUUCGUGAACAAGAUAGUUAGCGAGUAUGAGACUACGCAAGAUGAUAAGAAGAAUCACAUCGCCAAGGAAGGGGCUUUGCGUAUGAUUGGGACUUUAUCCAGCGUCAUCCUGGGUAAGAAGAGCCCGAUCGCUGAGCAGGUGGAAUAUUUCCUGGUCCGAUUUGUCUUCCCAGAUUUCCGCAGCCCACAAGGAUUUCUGCGUGCGCGAGCUUGCGACACAGUGGAGAAGUUUGAGCAACUUGACUUCAAGGACCCAAAUAAUCUUCUCAUUAUCUACCGCAACAUCUUGGAAUGCAUGGCAGACCCAGAUCUUCCUGUCCGCGUCGAAGCUGCUCUUGCACUUCAACCUCUCAUCAGACACGAUAUCAUUCGCACCAACAUGCAACAGAACAUACCACAGAUCAUGCAACAACUUUUGAAGCUUGCGAAUGAGGUUGAUGUGGAUGCUUUGUCGAACGUGAUGGAGGAUUUCGUGGAGGUCUUUGCUACCGAAUUGACACCAUUCGCUGUGGCUUUGAGUGAGCAAUUGCGGGACACAUAUCUACGGAUUGUGCGGGAGCUAUUGGAAAAGAACGAGAAGCGAGAUGACGAGGAUGGUGGAUACGGAGAUUACCUAGAUGAUAAGAGCAUCACUGCUUUGGGUGUGCUGCAGACCAUAGGCACUUUGAUCUUGACCUUGGAAAGCACCCCAGACGUCCUUUUGCACAUGGAGUCGAUCCUGAUGCCGGUUAUCCGAGUAACAUUAGAGAACAAAUUAUAUGACUUGUACAACGAGGUCUUCGAGAUUAUCGAUAGCUGUACUUUUGCCGCAAAAUCCAUCUCACCAACCAUGUGGGAAGCAUUCGAGCUAAUUCACGCUACUUUCAAGGCUGGCGCAGAGCUUUACCUCGAGGACAUGCUGCCUGCACUUGAUAAUUUCGUCCAGUACGGUGCCCACCAUCUGGCCUCGACUCCGCAAUAUCUGGAUGCAAUGUUUUCGAUGGUUUCGGACAUGUUCGCCGACGAGAAGGUUGGGGGGGUUGACAGAAUUUGUGCCUGCAAAUUAGCUGAGGGUAUCAUGCUCAGUCUUCGGGGUCAUGCUGAUCAAUACGUUGUGGCCUUUGUUGAGAUUGCAAUGCGUGUGCUCACAAACACCGAGGUUAAGGUCAAGUCGUACAAGAUUCACCUGAUGGAAAUGGUCAUUAAUGCCAUAUACUACAAUCCGGUUCUCACUCUCCAGGUCCUUGAGACCAAGGGAUGGACCAACAAGUUCUUCAGCCUGUGGUUCUCCAAUAUUGACAGCUUCACCCGAGUCCACGACAAGAAGUUGUCUAUCGCAGCAAUUGUGGCAUUACUUACCCUGAAUGCUGAUCAAGUACCUGUCAGUGUCCAACAAGGCUGGCCGAGACUUCUACAGGGAAUCGUGCGCUUAUUCCAGACUCUUCCGGCGGCCACGAAGAAUCGCGAAGAAGCCCUCAAAGAUGACUAUCCUCUUGACCACUCAGAGUAUUCUGAAGAAGAUGAUGAUGAGUGGGCUGGUGACGAUUCCGCCUGGAAUGAAGAAGAAAACGAGGCAGAGGAGACGAGCGAUGUCAAAGAUGAAAGCACCGCCUAUCUUGAGUUCUUGAAUGAAGAGGCACAGAAAUUCCAGAAUCUCGAGGACAACGAUUCAGACGAUGAGCUUGGAGAGGAGAGUCUACUUGAGACACCUCUUGAUAAGAUCGAGCCAUACCAGCUCUUCCGAAAUGCCCUUGCGAAACUCCAACACGAACAACCUCAACUAUACGAGUCCCUGACAACAAAUCUCACAGCUCCAGAGCAAGUCAUCGUUCAAGGAGUCAUUCACCAAGCUGAAGCAAACGCCACACAAUUCGCGGCUCAACAAGCAGCUUUGGCCGCAGGUCAAGUUCCUGGCGCGGCUGUGAAUGGUAGCGCACCGUGAGUCUAGAAUGAUUAUUAUGAAAUCGGAGCGGAUUACACUGGUUGCUCAAGCGUGCGUGCAUGGGCUGGCGUUCUUGAUGUCGAAAUUUGGGAUCAGCUUCAUUGCUCUGGACUGGAAAUGCGGAUGGUCAUCUCUGCUUUGGGAGGUGAUUUCGUGGAUGCAAAACCAAUACUGCUUGCUGGGUGGAUAAGUGGAUGGAGUUGUGAGAUUAAGAAGCGCAAGUAUUGAGAGAGUGAGAGAAGAGUGGAGACGCAUAGUGCCCCGAUAGGUAGAUACCUCGAUUGAGUAGAUGAUACAUACCAAUGG